AAAGACACUGCGGUCGUCGAAGAGUGGUGUGCUGAGUUUUCCACACGGAGGGACGAGGCCGACAAAUCAGUCCACGGGCCGAGUGAAUUGUCUCUUUGUAUGCAAAGACUCCCAAGUUCCUUGAAGUUCCUGCGAAGAUUCCCAUCAGCGACCGUCACUAGCAUGUUCAGCUACAUCAUUUACCUGGCUGCACUGAGCAUGCUGGCAGGUUCUGCAGCAACAAGCCAGAAUUUCUCCAGCUCUGGUGAGAUGAACAUCACCUCGUGCCCCAUCACCUAUUAUGGACAGAUGUAUGAAAAAGUAUAUGUGGCCUUCAAUGCAAGCAGAUUUGCAGUUUGCUUCAAGGGCCUAUACAAACCUGGAAUCAAAAAUGACUGUAUCCUGAUGUCUGGAGGAACAGCUGACAGAGGUGGCCUGGCUGUACUUGCAAGAGAAAUACCCACUGGAUCCGGGGUCCAUAGACUUCUUCCAAACCUUAAGCAUGCUGGGAAAUGUGUCAACGUCAUACCACUGAAAGACAGUCAACAAUCUGAAAUUGAGCAAGUUGAACUUGGCAACUUUGGGACACAAGCAAUUCUGGCAAUCAAGACAUAUUCUGGAUACACACAUGUUGAUGUGGAGGCAGAUGCACAAGUCAAUGGCCUCACAGUUUCGAAGCAGAUAUUCCAGACAAAUGAAACAAACACAGGUGUCAUCACAGACAUUAGUGGGUGUCGACUCUCAGGUGAGGUCUAUAAAACAAAUACGACAGUAAGAUACCCAAACAUCUGCUCUACUGUUACAUGCGAUGUGAGUGGAGUCGCCACAGCCAUCAGUGAUUGUGGCCCCUUGGAGCAUUGUGAUGGCAAUGGCAGUUGCGUCUUGAACCACAUGUGCACUGCGACUGGCUCAACGGUCAUCGAUUUUGCUGGCCGGGUCCACUCUGUCCAGGACCGCUGUGGGUACACGCUGUUCAGGUCCUCAUUAAUCCCAGGUUUCCAGGUGCUGGGGAUGUUCCAAGAAAGACGCCGUAGAGACGUUAGUUUUAUGGAACGCGUGAUGCUGGAGCUGGCCUCAGGCGUUCAAAUCUCUCUGGAACAAGGGAGCAGAGUUCUGGUCAACAACAGUUUGGUAAAGCUCAGCGCCACAGCUAUGAUGGUCGACAGUGUGGAGCUCUCAAAGGACCAGUCCGGAGUGACUGCUAAGAUAUCGGCCUUCAACUACACAGCUUCUGUCCUCUUUGAUGGUUCCACUGCUCUGAUCCACAUGAAAGGGCCACGUGGAACACAUGUGCAUGGUUUAUGUGGUAAUCCCAGCAGGACUUUAAGUGAAGAGAAAGUCUCUGAGCAAAGUCCCACAGGAUGUGAAACACAGUAUGUUGAUCUUGUUGACCCGACAAUCAACUGCAACGCCACAACUAAAUGGUGUAAUCUCUUGAAGCAGGCUCCUUUCACUGCCUGCAACAUGUACAUUGACCCUGAGCCCUUCAUAGCUGCCUGCACACAAAUGCUGUGCAACUACCCUCCAGUGGAUGGUCUCAAAUGCCAGUUCCUGGAAGCGUACAUCAGAAGCUGCAGCAUCCACCACAACAUCACAGUGGAGGGAUGGAAAUCACAGACCGGCUGCUCUGCUUUCCGUCAGGACUCAUGUCAGGACAGGUUCUGCAGUGAUCAUGAGUUCUGUGGUGUGAGGAGCUACAGUGGGCAGACUGGCUGCAUCUGCCGGGCCAUUUUUGCCUCCAAGUACCAAUCGACAAGCUCCUUUGGAGAACCGACAGCCUGCGCGCACAAGGCUGCUUCGUUGACUCUUGCAAAAUGUCUCUUGGAGGACAAAGCCAUCGACUUCUCUGUCUUACACCUCAAUGACGAGGCCUGCAAAGGUGAAAUGGACAACAAGACCCACAUGGUGACGUUCAACUUUGACAGUAACAAUCCUUGUGGUACAGUAGUCAUGGCAAACAACAGCCAAAUUAUCUACAAGAAUACCAUCAUGACACGAAACAGCUCCACGUUUGACAUGAUCAACCGUCACAACCCAGUGCAUAUCGACUUCUCCUGUUUCUAUAGUAAGCCAGACAUCAAGAACCUGGGCUUCAAACUUAAAGACAGCUCUGUGACCCAGAGGAUCGCAUCUGGAGAAUGGAUUUACAAUCUCACCAUGAAGGCCUACAGCAGCCCUGAAACCAAUGAAGCGUUCCAAGUAAAGGAUGACGUCCAAGUGGAUCAGAAGAUCUGGGUCAAGCUGAAGACGGAAGGGCUGGAUGACAAAAUGGUUGUUGCCGUGACAGACUCCUGCUGGGCAACCGAUCAGCCCGCAGAAACUGGAACCCUGAGAUAUGACCUCAUCAUCAACGGCUGCCCUAACCCUGCUGAUUCGACGGUGAAGGUGGAGGACAAUGGAUGGGGAACAUCCAACUCCUUCUCUUUCAACACAUUCCAAUUCAUUGGCACGAAUGGUGAAGUCUUCUUGCAUUGCAAAGUAGAGCUGUGUGUCAGGAAGGGUAAUGUCUGCAUCCCGAGGUGCGGUCAGGCUGAGCGAAGGCGCAGAUCUGCCUUGUCAAAAAAUAAGGAUGAAAAUCCUGCCCUCAUCCAGUUGGCCUGGACUUACUGAGCUUCUAUGGAAACUCGACCGACCGAAAGGUCAGAACACGAAAUGGUUCCUGUUCUGUCCUGGUGAAGAGUCCAUGGUCAUUUAUCUCUGCUAUGAAUCUAUGGUGUCACAUACAAAUGUUAUAACCGGACAUAAGUUUGGUCUUGUCUUGGGGGUUUCUGGGGUUGGUGAUUAUUCCUACACCAAACAAAUGCUUGGUAAGUGAACAUAUAAACUUUGAUAUCGUAUGAUCUCUGAAUAAAUCAUGCAUGGAAUUGUUUUUCAUAGCUGAGUGUGUGGCGGGUCCUCCUCCAAUGCUUUAAAUUCCUCUGACCCAGUUUGGACAAAAUUGCAAGGUUGUGAGAACAAUGUGGGAAUUUAACGUUAAAACCUGCAACCUCCAGUCUGUGGCCUUGACCACACCAAAUCACGCUGUAUGCUUCAACUACCUUUGUCAUGAUAGUGUGCAAUCAAUUAAAAGUACAAGUGGAACAUUA